GCAAACUUCCAAACCUCACACACACACUCUCUCUAUCUCCCCAACUUCGCAGAGCUAUCGUCGUCGCAUCUAAACUUCGCGACAUGACGAAGACCUCACGACUCCUCAAAGCCCUCGCCUGGGCCCCCCAGCCCUCCUCCACCACUACCACGCUCUCCUCAACCCUCCCACGACGCAGCUUCUUCACCGCAACAAGAAUAACCGCCCACUCCAAAACAUCACACAUACCCGCGCCCGCACGACCACGCCCCCUCUUCUUCACCUCCCGCCACCCGCUCCGCAUCCGCUUCAACAGCAGCAAACCACCGCACGCAGCAAGCAAACCCGCCGCCCCCGGCUCAACCCCCAACCCAACCGCCCAGCUCGGCAGCCCAGAGCCCAGCUCGCUAUCCGCACGCCUGAAGAAGCUGUCGCGCGAGUACGGCUACAGCGCGCUAGGCGUCUACUUUGCGCUCUCCGCGCUCGACUUCCCGUUCUGCUUUCUGGCCGUCCGGUUGUUGGGCACGGAUCGCAUCGGGCACGCCGAACACGUCGUGAUUGGGGCGUUCUGGGAUGUCGUUAGAUUGGUCGCGCCCGAGGCCGGGAGACAUCAGGGCGAUAAGGCGGUUGAGGCGAUUACGGGCAAGGGGGCGAGUGAGGGGGAGAAGCGCGCUGUGGCGGUGAAGGAGGGCAUUUUUACGCAGGAGGUUGAGGAUGCGCAGAAGGCGAAUGAGGGUUCGGAUGCUACUCUCUGGACACAGCUGGCCCUGGCCUACGCCAUCCACAAAUCCUUCAUCUUCUUCCGCGUGCCCCUGACCGCGGCCGUGACACCAAAGGUCGUCAAGACACUGCGAGGAUGGGGCUGGAAUAUCGGCAAGAAGACGCCCAAGGCGUCGAAGCCAGCGUCUUCGUGAGCAUCACUUGUUGAUACGAUGAAGCACACAUACAUCCCCGGAUUGUAAGAUAUAGAUAGAUGUACAAAAACGAGUCAAAUGCAUUAGGGCGUUCUCCCCUUUUUUUACUAUGUAGAUACAUUUCGAACCUUGACACAGAUCAGUCAUCUCCAGUGCAUUGUUGCAAUCGACCAAAGCAGAGCAGUCCAGCUUGAUCUGAUCUGAUCUGAUCUGUUUUGUUCUGUUCGUCUCUGCUCUUCUAGAAUGGCCAGGCAGGAUAGUUAUGUGAAAAGCAAGAUCGACGACCUUUAGCAAAGCGAGCAAGACUUGCGACUUCGGGGGCACAAGUAAUCACC